AUGGAAUUAGCAGUGCUAGGGACCCUGAUUCUUAUAUUGCUGAUCUCAUGCUUAUUAAUUUACUCGACUUGGGACAAAAUGUAUCGGAAGACUAACCUACCCCCAGGACCAACUCCAUUCCCUGUGAUUGGAAAUUUGCUUCAAAUAAAACGAGGAGAGAUGGUGAAGUCACUCAUGAUGAUUGGGGCCCAAUAUGGUCCUGUCUAUACUUUGUACUUUGGGCCACGUCCUGUGGUUAUUCUGUGUGGAUACCAGGCUAUUAAAGAAGCUCUCAUUGACCAAGGAGAUGAAUUCAGUGGCAGAGGGAAAAUGUUUUCAGUGGACAAAAUAUUUGAUGGAUUUGGUGUUGUUUUUAGCAAUGGUGAGCGCUGGAAACAGCUCCGCCGGUUCUCCCUUACGACCUUAAGAAAUUUUGGGAUGGGGAAGAGAAGUAUUGAGGAAAGAAUCAAAGAGGAGGCUCAGUGCCUGGUGGAGAAACUUAAAAGUUAUAAACAAGCUCCACUGGAUCCGCGGAAUAUACUUACUCAAGCCGUUUCCAAUGUUAUCUGUUCAGUUGUCUUCGGGGAACGAUUCGACUACAAUGACAUGAAAUUCUUAGAGUUGCUCAAUAUGUUUAAUGAGACAUUUCAGCUGUUAAGUUCUACAUGUGCACAGUUACAGGAAAUUAUUCCAAUGAUCAUGGAUCAUAUUCCUGGACCUCAUCAGAGAAUAAAUCCUAUUAUUAGAACUUUGCUGGACUUCGUAUCUGAGAGAGUAAAAGCCAACCAGCAAACUUUUGACCCAACCUCACCCAGAGAUUACAUUGAUUGCUUCAUCAUUAAAAUGCAGCAGGAUAACCAGAACCCAAAUUCUGAAUUCAACAUGAAAAAUCUGUUGAUGACCGUCUUAAACUUGUUUUUUGCGGGGACAGAAACCGUCAGUACCACAUUAAGACAUGGGUUUCUUGUUCUUAUGAAAUACCCUGCUAUACAAGAGAAGCUGCACAAAGAAAUUGAUCAUGUAAUUGGUCCAAACCGCAGCCCAACCAUUGAGGAUCGGAGUAAGAUGCCAUACAUGGAUGCAGUGAUCCACGAAAUCCAGAGAUUCAGUGAUGUUAUCCCAAUGAAUGUACCUCACACGGUGAUAAAGGACACGAAAUUCAGGGGAUACACCAUACCCAAGGGCACUGAUGUAUAUCCCCUGCUGUGCUCCGUCCUGCGUGAUCCCACCCAGUUUUCCACACCAGACAGGUUCAAUCCUGAACACUUUCUGGAUGAUACAGGCUCAUUUAAGAAGACAGAUGCUUUCAUGCCAUUUUCCACAGGAAAGCGGAUUUGCCUCGGAGAAGGCUUGGCUCGCAUGGAACUGUUCCUGUUUUUGACUACCAUAUUACAGAGCUUCAAGCUCACAUCGAUGACACAGUUCACAGAGUCUGACAUUGCUCCACAAAUGACAGGAUUUGCAAACUUCCCCAUAUUUUAUGAAAUGUUGUUUGUACCUCGUUAA